UUUAUACAGGCAGGCAGACGAGCUGGUCGGCUGGCUAGUGCCUAGCGAGCGGGUGAGCCAAGUUUCAUUCUCUCAGUGUCGGCUGGGAUGGCGGCGCUGACGGACGCUGUUCUGUCGUCGCGACGCCAACAGAACCCUAUCUGGGAUUCCGACACGUGGAGUUGUCCGGAUCCUCAACGCUGCGUCCGUUGUGACUGUGCUAUAACAAGUCCCUCAACUCCUGGUGCUGGCGUCGUCAACUUCGUUCUUGAUAACAGGGCUGCGGAUUGUGAGGACGAAGACGGCGUCUGUAGCCUGGAGGACGAUGCUGAAAGGUGGUUCCUUGUGGGCUGUAAGAGACCUUACCAGUAUCAGCCACUUGUGAAGGGAGGUGGGGAGUUCGACGUGGACCACGAGGACGGUGAUAAUGAAGUGGAAGAAGAACUCGCCGUUUUGUUGUUGGAAGAUAAAAUGACAUUGUUGUUGCCUGUUGAUGAAGAUGAAAGGCAACAACAGCAGGUGAAGGCAAUGUCUGAGACCAAGAAGAAAAAGAAAAAGAAGUCUAACUCAAGCAGCUCAGAUGACUCAAGUGACAUCAGCAGCAGUAGCAGCAGCAGCACUAGCAGUGACAGUGAUGAUUCCAGCUCUUCUUCAGACAUUAGUGACUCAAGUGAUUCCAGCAGCACUUCUAGUUCCACUUCUUCAAGCAGUAACUCCUCUGAUUCAUCAACUUCAAGUGAUUCAUCAUCUUAUUCAUCAGAUGAUGAUUCAGAAAAGAAGAAGAAUAAAAUGCAUCAUCCUUCAAAUACUAAUUCUAAGGAAAAAGGUAAACGAGGGAAUAUUAAUCAAAAUAAAACUGCAGCAUUUCCUGAGGAGGGUACUCUUUCUCAUGCUCCAGUGGUAACUACAACAGAAGAUAAUGCAAACUCAUAUGAUGAUGAUGAUGAUGAUGAUGAGUCUUACAGAGACUACACACCCAUGACUUCAGUACUGAGUACAGUGGUACGAGUCCCACAGAUUACUUCAUCACACAGUAAUAUUGAAGAUGUUGUUAUGAAGCCCCAUGCAGAUGAAGGUAAACUGAAGUAUAAAAAAUGCAGUAAGAAAAGCAAGAAACAUCACCACACCCAAGACAGAUAGCAGAGAACAUUUGAAUGCCAUGGUUCUUGUUAGUUGAAAGUGACCAAAUAAAUAUCACAUUUCCUUCAUUAUGA